UGUGUGUGUGUGUGUCUCACUUUGGAGUUGGAUAAAGCAAACAGGAGCCAGAGGUACAACAGGACGAACAAGCGGGAGGAGGGGGAGGAGGUGCCGGAGGUCCGUGUGUGCGUUUCUCCUCUCGCACCGUCCGCCUGAGGAGCCUUGCAGCUGAUGGUGUCAUUGCGACAGCACUCAGUGAGGGAACUGUGCGAGCGUGUCAGUGUGUGCGCGUGUGAGUUUUAGAUAUCAACAGCUGAGGGUCUCGUCCCAGGUGGAUUUGGAAUAAAUCUGGAAUCUUUUAUCCAGAAGAGUUUCUCGCCGGUGUCUGUUGCACCCUCUUUUCCCCCCCUCUCUCUCCUCUCCUCUUCCUCCUCGGGUGCAGACAUCUGUGCCGGGGCUCUGUUUGCUCGGUGGAGGGACUGCUGCCCUGCUCUGCUCUCUUUUACUACCUCCUCCAGCUUCCAGCCGGCUUUUCUAGAGCCGUGCUGGGAGUACGAUUGGCGGUCUUGUUUGCUGCCUCCCCCAGAGAAGAAACAUAUGGUUGUCGGUUUAAGUUGACUCCAUCCAUCCAUCCAUCCAUCCAUCCAUCCAUCCAUCCAUCCAUCCAUCCAUCCAUCCAUACUCAAACAUCUCUCUACAACGCUCUCCAGCUCCUCCUUGGAAAUUCCAAGAAGUCAUCAGAUCCUGCUGAGCCUGCUGUUGACUGCACAGUCUUGAGUUUUCACGCCCAUCAGACGCCUGCUCAUCAUCGGCGGAUCUUCUUCAGCAGAGCCAUGUUGGCUCCAUUUGUUUAGAGGCUAAACUGCCCCCAGCUGCUGCACCGAA